UUCAGUCAGAAAAAUUAUAAGAAAAACUCGGAUACACCGAGUACUUUGUAUCUUCAUACAACACAAUUGUUGAUUGCACAAUAAAUCUACUUCUAUAUAUUAUAGCAGAACAGGUACUUGUCAAACCGAGCUCCUGAGCAAAUAAAAUACCAAAUUCCAAAGCUAGCUUAUAGCCCACAGCCUAUCCGAGCCUAGGUUCCAAGCCCGAUGCAAAAAAUCUAAGCCUGCCCAGAGCUACUAUCUCCUCCUGAGCAAGUGUGGUGGGCUGACAUCCUUUCCAACCCUCAGCUCCACCGUGCACAAAUCUGAAUUGCUGCGGAAGGUUCCCAAAAUCUCAAAUGCUGCUGCGACAGACGUGGUUUAACCACUGCCCAGACACGAGAUCUGCUUCUCUCCAGCGGAACGCCGCGGCGGUUCUUGUGUUGCUCAACUCUGUCAUUGGUCUGUACAGACUUCGAUUGCAAGCGCCUGUUCUUUUCAUUUUCUCUACACCGUUUUAGAUUUGAUGCGCUAGGGCUGUGAUCGGACCAACACACACAUAUAUAUGGCCGAUUGUGGAGGUUUGUAAGUUCAUGCCUUCUCUUGAUUUCUGGGUUUUGUGUUACACGCUUGGCUCUCGCAAUUUAUUCAAUUUGGUCAUAGGUGUUUUUCAUGUUCAGGCUUAAGUUGGUGUCCAGCUUCUUGUGAUUUUUCAUGCGAUUGAUGGUCGGGUUUAGUUUGGUCUUGAAAUAAUUUAAUAAAUCCAUUUUUUUACUUUUGCUUGCCAUUACCUUCUUCCGUCUGAUGGGAAAAAGUCACUACAGGAGUCAUGUUGUAUACCCAUUGAGAAGUAUGCGGCACUAACCACUUAUAUCUAUUUGGCCCCUAAAAGUAACGGUCAUGGGACAUAGAUGAAUGCAGUAGGAUUUAAAAAAGGGUCAAAGAAAAGUGAAAUUACCUCACAUGUAGAAGGACCUGUUCCAUUACAAGCUGUUUCUGGAGAUGGCACUUCUAAAGGGGCCGGCCGAAGCUCACUAUCACAGAAGAUGUUGCAGAACGGAGAAAGCUGUCCAAGCGGAGGCAAAAUGCCAGGCGUGCCAGCCAUCAAGGUAAAGAUAGGGGGCCCUGUCAAGAAAGAUGAAGAUUAUUGCAAAUAUAUUGGACAGACGAAGAUUAUCGUUUUCCAACAGGGAACUAUUGUUGGAUUGAUGGAUUGCAGGGGUGGUGGAGAACACAUGACUGAUUAGCUCCAAUAUACAAUCAAGAUAAUUUGCCUGGAUAAGCAUACAUUGCUGAUGCACAUUUAACGAAAUUGUAGGAAGUCCUUACUACAUGGCACCUGAGGUGCUAAGGCUCAAUUAUGGUUCAAAGAUAUAUGUUCGAGUGCUGGUGUGAUUCUCCACAUUUUACCCUGUGGUUUCCCGCCCUUUUGGGCCGGUUAGUUUCUUUGUUUCUGAAAUAAUUUUAUUUCUUUGAUUGCGUACUAUUCUUUGAUCAUAUGUACUAUUCUUUGAUCAUAUUAUUUGAAAUCAAAUCAUAGUGUAUGCGUAAAUUUGUGCAAAUAUGUAAUAUAAUCAUGAGGCCGCUGCUGGAAAGCUCAGUAGCUUGAUAAUUUUCUGGGUAUAAUAAGAUUAAAGUAAAAACAAUUUUUAGAACCUCAACUUUCACGUGGUUUGGCCAAGGGAGGAUGCAAGUUUUCGUGCUGUUCACUUUUUCUCCCAUGGCAAUCAAUAUUCUGCUUCUUGGCACUGAGCCAAUGAAUAUCCUACAAUUUGUUUUGUUUAUAAAAUUAUUUAUUUUUAGUGGAACAUGCUUUUAUGAUAUCGUAGGCAUGAACAAUUACUAUAUUAACAAUGAUUUUUCCGGAGUACUUGAAUUUUGUGGUUAUUCAAGCCUCAGAUAUACUAAUCUUAUAUUAUAUGACUGAGCAAAAACUGAACAAGGAGCUGCACAGGCAAUCGUUAGGUUUGUUGUAGACUUUAAGAGAGGCUCUUGGCCAAUGGUAUCUGAUAGUGUAAAGGACCUUGUAUAGAAGAUGCCUAAUCCAGAUAUGAAGAGACAUGUUACUGCUCAGGAAGUGCUUGGUAAUAACUUAUCAUUUUCUUUUUAUGUGAACUUCAUGAAAUUAUUUGUAUUUUAGUGCUUGCAAGUUGCAACCAGUUGCUUGAGUUUUAAAUUUUAGUAACCUAAUAAUGGUUGAUAAUUGUUGAUCAUCCUUGGAUACAAAAUACCAAGAAGGCUCUAGAUAUUUCUUUGGGUGAGAAUGUGAAUGCAAGGACUCAAACAAUUUUCUAUGAUGAACAAACUCGAGAAAAAGGCACUUCAGGUAUUGUUCGAAGCUUUCAUUUUUUUAUGCAUAACAAUUUCCUCCUAUUCCAAGUAAAAGAAACUGCUGAUAUGUUCAUCCUCAUUUUGGAGCAAUCUCACAAACAAUACAUAGUUAUAGUCUUAAAUAAUUAUAAUAUCAUCUUCUAUAAAUAGAUAAUGACAAACUAAAUACUCAUUAUUUACCAGUGACUCUUGCUGAUGCAAAUAACAGAAGCUGUUUUUACAUAUUAUUUCUAGGCUUACGCAGCAAGCAAGCUGGACUGCAGCCGAAGCCUCGGUUAGAUAUAUAAGCCCCGUCCCAAAUAUUAAAUAUUGAUAUUUCAGUUUUGUUUCAGGUUUCUCUUACACUGAUUAUGACUGCUUAAAUGCUUCUAAUGAAGGUUGCGUGAAGGAUUGCUCAGGUCGGUCUAAAACAUAAAGGUCAUGUUGAGAAUAGACUUUAAUACAAAUAAACAAAAAACUGCCUUUAAUACAUACAAAGUUGUCUAUACAGUAGAGUUUUGGAAACGGGGCUUUCACAUGCUCACAUUGUCUUAUGAAUGGCUGAGGGGGACAAAAUAUAAACUCCAGAGGGUACUGAUGAGAUCAUCUCUGUUGAAAUUCCUGAUAAAGAAAGUGAUUUAAUAGUUUAUAAAGCAGUCUCGCAGCUUAUAUGCAUGGCUAUGUGAGGAGGCAAAUCCUGGACCAUGUAUGUCAAAAGCGCAGUGCAUUUCUAACUAGCUUCCACUACAUCACACAGAUGAUCAUCAUCUCAAGCGGCUCCUUCAUACACCUCGCAUGAGGACUCACUUAUUCUUUCUUCCAGUUGUAUGCUACAAGAUGCUGAUAAAAACACAUGGCACAUAUAAAGAGUUUUAUCCAACUUUUAUGACACUUAUUAGAAAAUAGUGAGUAAUUAAGGAUUUGUUAUUACAUGCACCAGCAUUGGAUGAUA